GUCUUUCCAUUCGUUUUCUUUACUUCUUUUUUCUUGAUAUUUGGUUUUUAACCAUUUACUUUCAUUUUAUCACUAUUAAUAUUUCCCUUCCUCUCUCUUUUUUUUUUUCUAACAGGAGUGUUAUCCUUCCCCCUUGUUUAAUAAUAUUUAAAUAACAAAAUCAACGAUAUCAAUAGAUAUAUUUCAACGACAAAAAAAAAAAAAAUAAGACAAUAAUCCGUUUGUAUAUGUAUUCAAUGAAGCAAAGAAAAUCAAUACAUUGUUUUUUGAUGCUUCUAUUGAGUUUUCCAAGAUUGUCAUGGGGAUCAAGACAAACCAAUUGUGGACAAAAUGGAAAUACUGAUACUAUUUGUUCUCCAUUGACUGGUGAUACAUGGCAACAAAAUGGUACUUAUUACUUAGUAACUUGGAAUCCUACUUAUCCAACUUAUGUAUCUGCUGCAUCACUAUCCAUAUAUAUAUAUUAUGUUGAGCAUUACGAAAAAAUCAACAUCAUCAGUUUUCAUAAUAUCAGUAAUAUCGGUGAAUAUCCUAUCUUGAUCAACAAUACGUGGUUUAAUUCAAAUUUAGGAUUAAAAGAUUUUCCUAAUCAUGAUGCUAGACUCUAUUUGCUAGCUUCUGGCAUGAAUCCUAUUACAGAAAUGAACAAUUUGAAUUCCGCCUGGCCACAACCUGUGCAUUUCUCAGUUUUAGAAUCUUCUUCCGAUCCACAUGCUUCUAGUUCAACUAAUUCACAAUCACCUAUUUCUACUUCUAUGGGAACUCCACCUUGGGUAACACCUCUUAUUGUAAUAGGAUGUAUUUUACUCGUGAUUGGUUGUAUUGCAGCAUUCUGGAUGAUGCGACUUGUUCGACGACGAAAAUUAGUAUAUGGUGAAAAAAGUCAUUUAGAUCAAAUCAGUUCUAAAAACAGUACAGUUUAUCCUACACAACCUCCACCAUCAUCCGGUACAAUAUUUAAGCAUCAAGAUAAUGAUCAACACACUACAGUUUCAUCAUCCUAUCCGGAUCUCUCAUCUGUGACACCACCUCCACCAACGUUACAAAGUAUGAGCAAUCUAUCCAGUCGAUCUGAUCCACCAUUGACUUCAACAGAUGCCUUAUUAAUAGCGGAUACUUUUCGACAACGUAUGCGUCGACCUGAAUGGCCACAUUGCAGUAACAUUGUCCAACCAUCACAAGAAGAACAAGAACAAGAAAAUACCGAUAAUUGGAAAGAAGAUGAUGAUGAAAUUCAACGACGAUUGGCUAGCGAAUUAUUAUUAAAGAAGGAAUUGGAAGCUGAAGGUACUUUGAUGAAAAAAGUGGGUAAAAGAGCACAUCUACUAAGUACUAUUGAAUACGAUUCAUCCUUCUCCUCAACAACUUGAUACCCCUCUCUUUCACUUAGUUUUUGUUUUAUCUCCC